GGAAGAUCAUGUAAGCAAUGAAACUGUUAUGGAAACAACAGAGAAGGAACAAUCUGAGACAAACAUUGUUGGAUCUGAAGAAAUGGAACUCAAUAUCUCUCACAUUUUUGAAAAGAUCGAGCGCUUUACUCAACUGUGUUCUUAUAAUUUUUGUGGAGGUUUCGGAGCUACUGGAAUCAUGGAAGACGAUGUUCAAGGAGUUGAGUGAAGAAUUUGAAGAGCGGCUGAUUAUGUCAACUGUACUAUAACGUACGACGGGAAAUAUAAUGCCUUGAAUUUACGAAACAAUCCCAUGCAGCACCGUCUGAGAAUUUCAGAGAAAUUGAAUGGAAAUGACUCUGCCAAUAAUUAGACCUUUGCUUUGAGGAUUUUGGCAUCUGCAGCAUCAAACUCACCCUUAGCUGUAAGUUCAUCAGCAUCAGCAGAAAGGAAAAAAUCCAUUGUUUUCAGAGGGAGGGAGAAACGAAAAGCAGAAUGGAGAGUGCCUUUCUAUUCACCACUGCCAUCCUCCUUGUGGGGUUCUUUUCCGCAACAUUUCACGUAGCAUCUGCUGCCGUUUGGCUUCCAGCCCAUGCAACUUUCUACGGUGGAAGUGAUGCUUCCGGCACAAUGGGAGGAGCUUGUGGUUAUGGUAAUCUCAAUACGGAUGGUUACGGAAUAGAAACAGCUGCACUCAGCACAGCUUUGUUUAACGAUGGCAAGUCAUGCGGAGGCUGCUAUCAGAUAGUCUGCGAUGCGGCAAAGGUACCGCAAUGGUGCCUCAAGGGCAAAUACAUUACCAUCACGGCCACCAACUUCUGUCCUCCGAACUAUGCACUCCCAAGUGACAAUGGUGGUUGGUGUAAUCCUCCCCGACCACACUUCGACAUGUCUCAACCUGCAUUCCAGACCAUCGCCCAGUACAAAGCUGGGAUCGUACCAAUCCUCUAUAGGAAGGUAGGAUGCAGGAGAAGCGGUGGCAUCAGAUUCACCAUCACAGGAAGGGACUAUUUCGAGUUGGUGCUCAUAUCAAAUGUUGGAGGUGCUGGAGAGAUUUCCAAGGUAUGGAUAAAGGGGUCCAAAACCAAUAAAUGGGAAACCAUGUCGAGAAACUGGGGUGCCAACUGGCAGAGCUUAAGCUAUCUAAACGGUCAGAGCUUAUCCUUCAGGGUCCAAAGCAGUAAUGGAAUGAUUCGAACUGCUCUCAAUGUGGUGCCUUCCACUUGGCAAUUCGGCCAGUCCUUCAAAAGCAACGUUCAGUUUUAGAUCUUUCCUAUUGUUCAUGUAUUUUGUUGCGCCAAACCCCCUUUGUUUUUUUUUUCUCUUCUUCCAAACUGUAUUAUACAAAGUGUAAUCACUUGGGUUGUGGCGUAGCCUUUUGCAAUGAAGCCCAGCAAGUGAUUUACAACAUAUAUAAACCAUUCUCUAUGCCGCUUUAAUGGAAUGGUAGAACAAGUGCAAACUAUAGGCCAUGUAAUAAUAGGUCUACCAGGUCUUCCUGCAAUAAUGUUUGUUUAAUGAAUCCUACUGUCUCCCUGCUGUGCGUCCACCUAUAUACUAGCUAGUACUUGAUAGUUGGUAUGCAA